GGCCGGAUUUCUCGUGGCGUGGCAGAAAGUCGACUCCGACUCAGAGAGUGUGGAGCCUUCCUCGUCAGAGAGAGCGAGAGUGCUCCGGGAGAGUUCUCCAUGUCCGUCAGUUACGGGGACCACGUCCAGCAUUUCAAGGUGCUGCAGGACCGCUGCGGUCAGUACUACGUGUGGGACGAAGGCUUCACCUCCCUCAACGAGCUGGUGGACUUUUACCAUAGCAACAGCAUUGCUAAGGAGAGGACGGUGUUUCUGAGAGACCCAGAGCACUUCGCCAGGCGUCCCCAUCAUGCCCACGCUCUCUUCGACUUCACCCCACAACACCCCUCCCAGCUGCGCUUCAUUCGCGGUGAUGUCAUCGAACUCAUGGACUGCUCUGAUUCGCUACGCUGGAGGGGUCGUUGCCACGGACGCGUGGGCUACUUCCCCCCAGAGUACGUCCAACCCAUUUACCAGCACCAGUGACCGGACACGUCCAAGCGGACGCGCGUUCAGUCCAGAGGCCUUAAUCGAUGAGGCAUCCUGACACCCCCCCCCCCCCCCCACACACACACACUCCCCUCCACACACACCUCCAUGCCAAUAAAACCAACCAAACACUUGCUUCACACCCCCUCACUUGCCCUCAAACUUCUGGAGCCAAUGAGUAAAUGAGCUGAACKGAUUCCUCCCACCUGUCUGUGAUGUCACCUGUCGACAAUUAAAAAAAAACAAAAGCUCUUCAGUUUUUCUUCCCCCCAUGAUUCUUGGCCCUCGUUUCUCUAUUAAUCAUUCAGAUAUGGACCUGUAGAAGACAAAGUCAUUAACUAACAGACUCGCACAAACUCCCAGGCAUAAUCAUUCAUUAUAUCUUAUCAGUGCUAGUGCAGGCUAGCUAAAAUGAUCACACACACACACACACACACACACCUGGAGAGGGCCAAGAGAGACCCCCAUUUUCAACAAAAAAAAGCAGAUUUGCUUCGGGAUCAUCCCAAAAGAUAUCUGGUGAGUGGAGAAGAGAAACACAAGAACUAAUUGUGACGGAAAUGUUGAGGCCAGACAGUGACGAUCGCUCUGUCAUUAGGCUGACGUGUGCCGGGGUUUGUGGAUAAUAUGAGGGGCUGAUGCUCAUGAGCACGCGUGUUGCCGAAAAGAGGAAAUGGACGCGCUGCUUGUGUGUCUGCGUGUUUGCAAAGACUGACGCUCUGUGGAUUGGUAAAGGAUGUUUUCGUUCUUUUACUGAGCUGAAUAUUACUUUAAAAAAACGCUGCUUCAAAUGUGAUACGCGUAAUUGAAUUUAUGGAUCGAUUAUUUGUUUCUAUGUAUUUAUUCUCAUUCAUCUUUAAACACAGAUAUUGUAAAUAGUUCAUUAUUGCAAAAAAAGAUUUUAAUUCUGUUGCAACAAAGAGAACAUCUAAGAAAACAACAUAAUUUACUGUAAGAACCUGGACUGGUCUUCCAUUAAUAAUUGUUAUGACAAAUCAAUGAAAUAAAGUCUUACAGUUACCUCUUUGAACUAGAA